AGGCGCCACUCCGCUCUCUCACGCCCCUUUCUGCUCGGGCCCGCCCCUCAGGUCUAGCUCCGCCUCUUCCGCGUUCCCGACAGAGACUCGCAGGUACGGGUGCGCGCCGCCGUUCCCGCCGUGCUCUGCCAAGCUUCUUGAAGGUUUUCAUGCCAAGUAAGAUGAAGCAGAAGCAGAUAGAGAAUUGAAGGAGCUGCUGAGCACAGUAGCCAGUGAACACUGCCUGCGGCUGUAAGACACCAACCCCUGACAGCAGCAUUAUUUGCCUUGGAAUUCCAAGUUCACAGAAACCUAUAGUUUCAAAAACAACUUUCUUUCAAGUUCUUUUUACAAGGGCAGACUUAACCAUUUGUCCCUCCGGUGUCUCCUCUUCCAUUGAGAUCCAUGCAGAAUAGACCAGAGAUGGGCAGCAGUGAGCCCCUUCCCAUCACAGACGGCCACAAGAGGAGGAAGAAGAAGCGGAAAGCCCGAGACACCGACUCCUUGCCAGGAAGGUUUGAAGAUAUGUACAAGCUGACCUCUGAGUUGCUGGGAGAGGGAGCCUAUGCCAAAGUUCAAGGUGCUGUGAGCCUGCAGACUGGCCAAGAGUAUGCUGUCAAAAUCAUAGAAAAACAAGCAGGGCACAGUCGGAGUCGGGUGUUCCGAGAGGUGGAGACGCUUUAUCAGUGUCAAGGAAACAAGAACAUUUUGGAGCUGAUUGAGUUCUUUGAAGAUGACACAAGGUUUUACUUGGUCUUUGAGAAAUUGCAAGGAGGCUCCAUCCUAGCCCACAUCCAGAAGCAGAAGCACUUCAAUGAACGAGACGCCAGCCAAGUGGUGCGAGACGUUGCUGCUGCUCUUGACUUCCUGCACACCAAAGGAAUUGCUCACCGUGAUCUGAAGCCAGAAAACAUAUUGUGUGAAUCUCCAGAAAAGGUGUCUCCAGUGAAAAUCUGUGACUUUGACUUGGGCAGUGGGAUGAAACUUAACAACUCCAGCAUCCCCAUAACCACACCAGAGCUGACCACUCCAUGCGGUUCCGCGGAGUACAUGGCCCCAGAGGUGGUAGAGGUCUUCAGGGAUGAGGCCACUUUCUACGACAAGCGCUGUGACCUGUGGAGCCUGGGCGUGGUCCUCUACAUCAUGCUGAGUGGCUACCCACCCUUUGUGGGUCACUGCGGGGCUGACUGUGGCUGGGACCGGGGAGAGGUGUGCAGGGUGUGCCAGAACAAGCUGUUCGAGAGCAUCCAGGAAGGCAAGUAUGAGUUCCCUGACAGGGACUGGGCUCACAUCUCCAGUGAAGCCAAAGAUCUCAUCUCUAAGCUCCUGGUUCGAGAUGCCAAGCAGAGACUCAGUGCCGCUCAAGUUCUACAGCACCCAUGGGUGCAGGGGCAAGCUCCAGAAAGGGGACUCCCCACGCCACAAGUCCUCCAGAGAAACAGCAGCACCAUGGAUCUGACACUGUUUGCAGCUGAAGCCAUUGCUCUUAACCGCCAGCUGUCUCAGCACGAGGAGAAUGAACUGGCCCAGGAGACAGAGGUGCUGGCUGAGAGCCUGUGCUCCAUGAAGCUUUCCCCUCCCUCCAAGUCUCGCCUGGCCCGCCGGCGGGCCCUGACCCAAGCAGGCCGUGGUGGAGAGGCAGGGCUGCCUCUGACCCCCACAGAACUCUGAGCCAUUCUACUCAUGGUUAAGCCUAAACCUGUCUGGUCGCUGCCGCCUAGAAACCUGUGAGGCCAAAGCUGGCAGAGUAGACAGAGAGGCCUUCUCUGGCUCCACUCAAGCUUUCUCCAUCCACAAAGGCCCUGCAGUUCCCACCCAACCCCCCCAUUUCCCCAGGGUCCUUGGAGGAAAAAGCAUUUUCCAAAGGGGUUGUCUUUGGAAAGGAAAGCAAUCACUUGUCACUUUGCAUAAUCGCCUGCAGCAGGGACAUCUUUUUGUGGGGCUCCACCUGCUCACCUGCCUGCAGAUCCCCAUCCAGCCUGCUCUGGAAACGACAGCUGGGACCACUGCCUUCAGGGAGAGAACUGUGGGCUGACAGAGGCUGCUGACACACAUGCCUCUUCACCAUGUAUACAGUCGCCCUCCCCCAGCAGUCCUUCCACCUUCCUCUGUCCUCUGGACGUCCUCUCUGCCUGUCCGCUCCCUUCUGAGCAGAGCUAUCUCCUCAAUUCAGGGAGGGCAGAGGGCCCUUCUCUUUCAGGAGGCCAGAUCAGUCUUCCAUCUGCGGCACAGAGGAGCACAUAAUCUUUCUUUGCCUCGACCACGAUGUGUUCCUCAUUUAUCAUCCUCUUCCGUUUUUGUGAUUGCUGCUAAAGUCAGUAUUAUUUGAUUUUUAAAAUGAUUUUAACUGUGCUCUUUCAGCAAACAUGGAAUUUUAAGCUUCCCCUUUUUGCCCAUGGACUUUCAAAGGCAGAAUGUCCAUGUGCUUGGUUUUUAAUGAGCUCCUCCCUACAGUCCUGACUCAUUUUUAAGCUGUUACUCUGAGGAGCACCUUAGAGCCUGUCCGUGUCCUCCGGGCCCUGUAUGGAGGUUGAUACAGAUGUGGGGCAGAUAGAUGGAGCUUUGUGACUGAGGCAAAGCCAGAUCAGAGGCAGCCCCCACUGCCUGGGUCGUACCAACUUGCUGCCCACUGUCUGGGAGCGUGAAAGGGCAGACAUUUGUCAAUAAGCUGCCAAGUUUUAUAAAGAAAAUAGUUUUGCAUAUGUCAGACAGACAUGUAUUCAAUUCAGCCACUUCAAUGCUAAUCAUAUAGUCUGCUUGUUUUAAUAAAACUCUUUGAUUUUA